AUAUAGCCCAUUUUCCCCCACCAUGUCCCAUUAUAGGACAUGCCCGGAACUAAUCUUCGUAUUGGUGCUCAACACGGACGUAUUCUGAUGGAGGACCCGACGGAACUGCGCGGUAUAAAUGCAUGCUAGGUACUUAUAUUUCUAAACAUGGUGUCAAGUUCGGAAAAUGUUGAUGUCCGACUAACGGUGACGCAGAGUUUCCGGACACUCGCUUCAUCCACGGAUGUGAAAGACAUAAUUCCCGCUCUUCAGAGGCUCCACUCCUUUGUGAAUGGUCAUGGACCGGGGACCACAAUUACCUCUGCUCAGAGGUCAGAGUUCAACAGAGCUCACUACACUCAGACUCUCCAGUUUCUUGUGAGCAACAUCCAAGCAGACUGGUUAAACAAGCUCUCAGCUGGACAGCGCACGGAAUUAUGGGACGGCAUGUUCCUUAAAGGCCCUCCAGAACAGAGCCUGCUUGUGUUGAUGGAAGCAAUAGGAGAGCUCAGACCUUCUGGGAGUUUGGACCUCAUUGUCAACAUCACAGAGAGGUUUCUUCAGAGCCGCCGCCUUGCUGACCUGCUUUGCUCCUACUGUCUUCAGACCUCUUUAUCAGACUCCCCCCAGCUCAGAGAAACUCUGUUAAGUCGCAUCAGUGCGCUCCCGGACCUGACGGCCAAUAAACUACACCCCAACAACAGACCGCUCUUUUCCCCUCAGCAGUACUACCCUCUGCUCGCCAAAGAGAUGCUCACUGCUCUGGAGCAGACCUGUCAAGCACUUAGAGAUGGCACCGACUGUUCGUUAACGUUUGUGGCUCAAACUCUUGGAAAAGUUUGUAUCCAGGGUCAUAGUGACCCCAUCAUGGCGAACAUGGCUCCUCAUCUUUCUGCCUGCACGUACAAAGACAUGGUGUGGCAGAGGGUUUGCUGGAAGCUACUGGAGAACGUUCCUCAGCGAUGGAUGGAGAGUGUUCUUACUGGGUUGGUGCAGGCUGUCCAUGGACCUGACGCCUUGGGUCGGAUUAUUGGAAAUCUUGUCCUAACCAAAAAAACGGCUCAGUACAUCAUUACGCAUAAACUUUUGUUACUACGAUAUAGAUACAAGACUCAAACGUUGAGAACUAUUCUGGGUUACCUCGCAGCAGACCGAGAUCGAAGGCCUCUACUCAUCCAGGUGUUGCGGUCCGUGUCACAGGCUUGGGCAAACGCCAGUGCGAUAAAACACACUCCUCUAGAGCAGCAGUUCUAUGUCAGUAAAGCUUUGCUGCUGAGUGUGAGUCUGCUGACUGAUUCAGAGCUGCAGGAACUCCGAUCAGAACUGCUGCAGUGCAUGCUGGGCGGCAUGCAGAGCCACCUGGACAGCAGUGUGCCGCAGAUCCGAAACAUGGGCAUGGUGGUGGGAGAGUGUCUGAGCUCCCGUAUGGACAUCCAUGGAGUCAAACUCAAAUUUGAGUAUGAACAGGAUGAAGAAACGCGUGAGCUGCUGUCUCUCAUGAAUCCAUGUGAAGAGGCAGAACCUGAGCCUGGAAAUGGAGUUUGUUCUUCAGAGGAAACGGUUCCAUCUCCUCAGAAAGAAUCACCUAAAUCAAAUAAAGAUCAAGAAUCGGACCUCGACAGUGAUGAUGAGUUCACUCCAUAUGACAUGUCAGAAGAUGUAAAGAUGUCUAAGACUUCCCAACCUCGCUACCUACAAGACUGUCUGGAAAUUUUAUUGUCAUCUGCGGACCCGAAACGCGUGAAGCUCAGUUUAAGAGCUGCUGAAGGUUUGGUGCGGGGAAACGGCCUCGCAGCAAAAGAGAUCAGUGUCCAGAUGACCAAAGUGCUUCUUCACAUGGAGGACAAAUACAACAUCGAUGGCUUCCUGAACCUCAGACAGGCAACGAUGGUGGCCCUCACGGUCACGGACUGCAUUCCUGUAACUCAGUAUCUGACUUCCGAGUUUUACUGCUUGAACUACAGUCUUCGGCAGCGACUUGACAUUUUAGAGGUCCUCGCCUUAGCAGCUCAGGAGCUUUCCAAACCAGCUGCCAGUGACAAAAGUCCACCUGUGAACUCUGUGCCGUCCACUGAAAUAAGUCCUUACCCAGGUGACAACCCUGUUCACUGGAGACAAGUCGUGGAAAAACGAAUCCAAAGCAAAACAAAAUACAUCUCAAAGGGGGCUUCCCGUCCCGCACCCAACAGCACCCCCAGCCGUUACGCCCCCGUUGCUGGACACUUCUUUUUCCCUCUGCUGAGAAAUUAUGACAAGCCUCAGGUGACCUUUGACCUGCUGGGCAGCGACCACUUGGUCCUGAGCAGGUUGAUCCACACCCUGGGCCUUCUGAUGCACCUGGCUGCUAAUGCACCGAUUGCUGCACAAAUGGGUUGUGCUUUGCUAGACUUCGCGUGGACAGUCCGCUACCACACAGACCAGAUGGUGAGACGAAGCGUUUUGUUUUCAGUCUGUUCAGUAUUUCUGAGCAUUCCCAGUCAUAGCCUGUUGGUGGACCUUAGUGCCCAGCUGUUUGAGACCAGAGCUUGGCUUGCAGAUGUAGCUGAAGGCGAUCCUGAUGCAGAUUGUCGUAGUUUAGCUGAGCAGAGUCUGGUGCUUCUGGAUAAUAGCCUCAAAAAGCAGCUGCAAGGAUCAAAAUGACCAAAUCUGGAUUCUUGAUAGCAGUUCAAGCUAUAUAGAAAUGAAGGAUCGUUUAACCAAAGGUGGUGAAAUGUGACAAAACCUGUUAGAAUCUGUUCCAAAAUCUGUUGAAUAAAAGGGCAUAAAACCCUGGUA